CAGGUUACAGAGAAUGCUACAUCAGCUGUCUCUCCAUUCCACAGCAAGUUCAACUUAGUUGGGCCAAGAGACUAUAAGUCAAACAUCAGAAAAGUAAUUUAUGCAAAAUCAAAGGAUGAAAAUGCAAGUGUAAGAAAUCUUCACUUAUUCUAUUCAGCCUUUUUUGAGGUCUCUCCAAAUGACCAUUUUCCCAUUGCAGUCCACUUACUCUUGUGAUGACUGUCUAAUUUUUCUGUGUACAUGUAAUAUAUCCCAGGGAAAUGGGGUCUCCAAUAUAAACCUCUUCACUGCCAGACCUAAAGGCCUCUACCUAAGUCCAUUGAACAGCGGCCAUAUUGGAUUUUUUCUAAGAUUUCUAUAAACUUAAAAACAAAAGAUUAUCUGUAUGCCUUUUUUGAUAUGGUUCAGUAAAGUUCAUUUAAAACCUUUCUGUUCAUUGUCUGAUGUUGUGGCCUCGACCACGGCCUUGAACACAGGUAGUUCCACGGCCACGUCCAUAAUAAUGGGUUUUCUUGAUCGUCAUUUUCAGUCAGCUGUUCAUCAAUUUCAGAUUCUUCUGUUGGUUUUCAUUGUCUGUUUCCUCUACGUAGCUUAAAUCCUCAUUUUCACCACUGUCGCUAUUAAAAUCUCACUCAGUAUCGGCAAAAACUUCAUUCAGAACUUUUUCACUUGUGUAAGCGAAACUUGUGGGCUGUGAACCCUUGGUAAAGUAGUCUGCAGUAUUUCCAUUGUUGGGUAGGUACUUCCUGGCAACCAUCAUCAAGUUUACCUCCCUUUUUUGAACAACAGAACAGUGAUAGAUAUUUUUGGACCAAUAUAUACGUCACAGGUCAUUCAUGCCCAGGUCAUGUAAUGCAUGAUGUAUUUUUAUCCUUGGUUUAAAUUUUAUUUCCCUUUGUUUUGGGGUAUGGUAAUUUAUGAUAAUAAGUUGAAAACAAAGGGAAAUAAAAUUUAACCCAUUCGCUCCUGGAGAUUUUGCCGAAAAACGCGUUUUGAAGCUAGUCGAGUGGUUUUCUGGUCACUGUCGUGCUAUAAAGAGCUAAAACUUACCACAAACCGGUUUACAGGUCGUACACUUGGCGGCCUUCUGAUCCAGAUGCAAAAUAUCAGCUUGCGAAGUUCGGGCAUGCGCAGAAAGCAAAAUUUCGACAUAGUUUUUGGGUUUAAAAGUGACACAGCAGUCUUGACUUUUUACUUUUCGCUUUCUCCUCCCUUCUUUUUUUCGCUUUUCUUGCCUGAUUUUUUUUUUUUUUCUCUUGCUGGGCAUUUAGUAGGCUUCAUUUUGGUGGGAAGAGUUUUUAGGAAAGCUUUUAGGAUCUUAGGAUUAGGUGAAAGGAAAGGUAGGUGGGUAAUGGAACAAGAUUUUCAUGGAGAUUUUCAGGUCCUUGUCACGUGGUUUUUUGCUUCUUUCUCCGGUGUCCUUGACUGAAUUGUGCUCAUUCUGGUAUGGUUUGAAAGAUCUCUUCACCCUGCACAAGUUAGCGAAGAAAGUUGUCCUUGACCGUUAAAACUGAUGACGUCACAAAGGGUAGAAAGGACCUGGACCCGCACGGGCGGUUACGGGCGGUUCAGGGGCGAAUGGGUUAAACCAAGGAUAAAAUUGGACCACAACAUAUAUCUUACAGGUCAAGAUUAUAUUCAGGUUAAAAUUUUUCAAUCUAGGUUGAUUCUCAAGUACCUUUGUCUCCUAGCCCAGGAGAAUCAACCUAGGUUGAAAAAUUUUAACCUGAAUAUAAUAUUGACCUGUAGCAUGUGUAUACGUCCAUGGCAGGGAAGGGGUUAAAAGGUUGGGGAUGCUUGUCAGAGAACCUGAAUCAAAAACCCCCAAAGGAGACCAAUCUGGCCAUGGAUCAACCUUCAUUUGACCAGUAAAGGAGACUGAGACCCUUCAAUCUUCCAGUAUAAGUCAACAAGGGGAAGGGACUGCUGUUAGCUGCCUCAGCUUUAUUUCUUCCCUUUCUCUUCCCAGCUUAGGAAUGGAAAGUACAGAGGCUUGUCUCUGCUCAAAGGGUGUCAUAGCAAGGACAUACAAUUUGCUAUAAUUUUAUUUUCAGGAGAAAAGGUUCAGGGAACAGCAACAGGACUUAAAUGCGUGGCAUCAAGUAUUUUGGGAAAAACACAAUGACAAAUUUACUAAGGUAAGAUGCAAAAUAAUAUUGUUACCACCUCAGCUGAAAAAAUUAUUUUUUCUUGGCUUUAAUUAAAGAAGCCACAUCAAGACUUGUGCAUGUGUGUGAUUUGAGUCAACCUGCUGGUAAAUCCCAAGCAUCUUCUAUAUUGAAUUUUAGCAAUGUGACAGAUUUUUGUCAGCAAAUAGCCAUUUGUCGUACUUAUUCCUUCUAAGUAAUUGAUAACAUUUUUUGCAGUCAAAAAAAGCAUAUCUCAAAUUGCGAUCAAGGGAUACUGAAACAGAAACAAGUAAGUUAAGUGACUGUGAGUUUGUUGUUUUGAUUUCUCUCAGAUUGACCUUAAAAUAAUUAAUUUGCUUAGAAUGUUCUAUUAAUUUUGUAUCAAUAGUCUGAGUUGCGAACACCUUUGAAAAGUAAAAUCCAUCUAACCUGUUACUAAUGUUUCCAGGUAAGGAACUUGCAGAUGAUUUGUCCAAAUUUUACCGGGAUUUCUUAGAUGGAAACUACCAAGUACACACAAAAUAUCUCAGGUAAGUAGUGGCUUUGUAAAUCAUCAGUCAUCAGGGAAAAUAUAUACUGAUUAGAAGACUUACCGGUAGUGCAAAUGAACCGUCUGAACUACUACCGCUGUUUUGAAAUUGCCUUAAGUGGUGCUCUACAGAUGCUGUGCUCAGUUUGUUUCAAACAAAAACCGAAGUCAAACUUCAACAAAUUACUGGUUUAAAAGUCCAAGACAUAUUCAAACUUUGUUUGACUUGAUAUUGGACAUCAUUGUUAAAAUCAUUUGACAGCUGUCAAAAUAGGGAACCCAGUGACCAGUUUCACAUGACUGUAUCGCUGGCUCAUUUUUAUAACUUAUCAAGGUGACAUAUUUAAUUAAGUUCUGCGCUGACCCAUUAUGGCUGGUAUUCAAGUGAUUGCAGGGUCAGAAAACUUUACUUCACUUUUGGCCUUGGCUUUUAAAUUACCCCAAUAUUUUGAAGGGUAGGUAGUUCUGAACCCUAAGUUUCAAGAAUGAAAUCUGUUCAAAGGUACUAAAUAUAUUAUCAAUAUACGUGUGUCCUUGUUUACAGAGCUUGGUACCACAGGAAUUUUCAGUUGUUAUGGGCAGGACUACAAGUGUCAACUUCGAGAUUUAUUAGCAAGAUAAUUCCAUGGAAGUCAAGAUAA